AUGAGACUAGCAGGAAUUUUUACUAUUCUGAAGGAUAAAGGACUGUCCAAUAAGGAUAUCACGGGGGUCAAAAAAUUUGAGACCCUGUGUGCCAAUGGAAGGAGUGAUGAAGUCCUAUUGGUUAUUGUGGUAGCGGCAUUGUUGACGAGGUGGCAAGUGGAGGCCGUAAGGUGCUUCAAAUGCGAUUCCGAUUCAAAUCCAAGUUGUGGUCUGCCAUUUAACAAAGAGUAUGUUGACACGUGCACCGGGAAGUUUUGUUGGAAGGAAGAAAAUUGGAAUGGAGGAGUCCUUCCACUACCUCCCAACAUGAAAGUGACCGCCACUCGGACUUGCUUAAACGAUUCGAAAUCCAGUUCUUGGAUAAAUUACGGAGAUUUCAGCAUCUACGCCGAUACCUGUGACGAAGAUUUCUGCAAUGGACCGAUCAUGACACUUUCCGAAAAUCCCAAGCACAAUAAAAGCAUGAUAGAUUGCUACUACUGCAGUGGGAAGGACUGCAACGAACCAGUGAACAGCAUGAAACAGUGUAGGGGAUAUUCUUGCUACGUCGAAGUUUCACUCAGUCAAGUGACAAUGAGAACAUGUUUGUCCGCAUUCAGUGAAGCUUCAGCUGAAAAAGUUUCAAUAAAUGGCAUAAAAAUUUCGGUGCUGACAUGCAACGAAAACCUCUGCAACGCUGAGAAACCAGUCGAGGUUCAGACACGUCUGCAAACACUCUUCAGACGCAUGUUUUCAACUGAUUAA